CAUCUUUCUGUAUCUUGUUACAGUCCACUGUCGGCAAGCUCCUUCAGCAUUGUAUCGAUCAACCGUUCCCACCAAAGCAAACAUGGCACGCAGAUAUGGCUCGAGCUCUUCCUCAUCCAGCUGUUUUGAUUCUUCGUACGGCCUCUACGACAGCUACGAACUGGCACAAUAUGCCUGCGUGGUUAUCUUCCUUGCGGUCUAUCUCGGCACACUCAUAGCAGUAUGCGUCGUCCGCAGGAGAACUGGAUCUGGAAAGCACCUCAUCGGGUUGCCCUACAUGUUCGCCCUGUUCUUCAUGUUCAUUCAACAAGCGCUCAAUUUUCUUUCAUAUACUCUCCGCGCGUGCGAUGAAAUGAACGAUAUGGAGAGCUUGUACGACUGGAACAUUGCAAGCCUCGUCUUCUAUGGCCUUGAGACGUUCCUGUUCUUGUUCGUUGUCAUUUACACUCUGAACAUCAUGCUUCGCAAACAGCUUGGUCACAACCCAUCAGCACUCAAAAUCGCCUUCGGACUCGACUUGUUCGUCUUGGGUGGUCUUCUUCUUUCCUACGUCGUCCUGCUUUGCUAUACAUACUGGCGGGCUGGCCGUUUCUACAGGACGAGACUCAGCGGCUUCAGCUUCAACUAUAUAGCCUCUACAUAUGUGUGCCUGGCGUUCGAUGCUGUGUAUAUGAUCAGUAUUCUGGCUUCUGGCGUACUGUCUCUCCUCGCAGCGCGCUCUCUCAAGAAGAAACACGUUGCUAGCGGUUCCCUCAUGGUCUGGAUCUCAGUCCUGAUCCUCUCACUAUUCGUCUACACCCUGCUCUCCAUCAUCCAAAUUUCAUCUCAGCUCUCUUAUGGACUUUACUUCGGAGAGGCAAGUUAUACAGUCAUGUACUGGAUCACAAGCUUCUGCCGCGGUCUGGCAUUCAUCACCAUCAUUUUCAUUGCAAGAAACCCGGUCUGGAGGCCGAACACAUUCGCUGCGACUGGGCCUAUUGAGCAGCAGUAUGCGUACAACUACCAGCAAGAACCCCCUAUCUACGCUGCCGCGGGUCAGCGUGCAUGAGCUUACGGUGUAUGUGGUCACGAUCUUGGCGACACCUAGUUUAGUUAUUUGGUAAUGCUUCUUUGGCGCAGUGGUCAGAUUGGUUCAAUUAGAUACCCCGAUGAUAGUGUGUAAAGCUUCUCUCACCUUCAGCAAUCACAACGUCCCA